CUGACACCAUCCAGGCCAAUGCCCAAUGGCGAAAUAAGAUGCGAUGCUUUCGCCCUCUGCAUCACUUUGUGCAGUAGCCAGGGCCGAUAAUUAGUUUCCUUUGAUAUUUCCUCUAUGCACAUUUUACUGCUUCCAUAAUGGAGGGAACCGGACUCGCGCGUAAGCCUGUCCCGGUUAUACGGCGGCGGCCCGUCCCAGGAGCGCCCGAAUACAACCAUCAGGCCGACAUCUAUGACAUGUAUAGGGAUGAACCAUUGCCGUCGCAGUCCAUUGCACCCUCUCAGACAGCAGGGAUCCAGCAACUGAAGCCCAGUAAAUCGGCUGCCAGCCUCGCACAAAAGCCAGCGGCUGCUCAUCUAUCAGCGACCCGGCCCGCCACCGCCAUUAGUUAUCAGGAGAUCAGCACCGAAGCCUUCUCUGCCCAAAUCAGCAUCACAGCACCCGAGGAUGAUUUGCCUCCUCCGCCUCCCUAUCCAGGUCUCUCAGUCCCUUCGGCGCCGGCACUGCCUCUCCGCCAUUCCCAGAGCUCUUCAGCGCUCUCUAUUGGAAGCUCAUCAUCGCCUGACAUUCCGCCGCGUCCGCAGCAUGCCGUCACUCUGCCCGUAGAUGUAGGCACGGACACGAAGCAGCAAGAUUCAUUCUGGCAGUCAGCCAUUGGCAACGCUCAAUACUUUGCCUCUGGCAUCAUCGCCCAUCCUUGCGAGUCUACGCGGCACUACUCCAUCAUCCGCCAUACCAGUGCUUUGAUAUGGUACGCUGGCCCUUCCACCUCUGUCUCCAUCUCGGUGCUAUCAGACGAGCCGCUGCCGCCCACACGGACUCUAUGGAUGCAGCAAAAAGGCUUCUCCGGAAACAUGGGCAUGGCCAUCAAGGCAUUCGCCGGAACGACGGCUUCAUGGAUCAACGUCACUCCCGCGCGUCAAACGGCCGUGAGUGACACCCCGGAGGCAGACGAACGAAUCAUCCAGCGAGACUUUAAGCGGUUCGUCAAAAAGGCGUCAAGCAAGCAAAAGAAACAUAUCCCACGCGAGACUCACGUCGUCCGCAUUCCCGCCACUGCUUCUGACGGCUACUUCCGCCUCGUUCUCUGCGCGGGAGCCGAACCAGGCAAGAAAAUCCUCUGCGGCAGCCCCGUCUUCCGUGUGGCGAGCACGUCGACGGAUGUGAGCGUCAUGAGAGGCGCCAGCCUAAGCACCAUGCCGCUGGAAAUGGGCGUCAAGGUCGCCAGCACGAUUGGCCAGGCCAUGGCCAACAGGUAUAUCGGCGUGGCGAGCACGGUGGUGAACAGCCAAGUGAGCAACAUCGUGACUAAUCAGACAAUCAAGAAGGCUGGCACGAUGGCCUAUCAGAGCUACCAGGUGACUGGCAUGGGCGACACGGUGCAAGAGAGUUGGCAGCGGCAAAGGGAUCAGCAGGAAAGGUAUGAUUCUCUUGUGGAAAACGUACCAAUCAUCGGUUCCGAGGCUGGCCCCGAAGCACCGUUUCCAGUCAAGUUCGACGGAAAGGUGGUUCCUGGAACAGGGAGAUCAUAUUCUGAUCUUGGUAUACCGUCAGCGAAUCUAAGCGGUGUGUCAGAUCAGAUCAGACUUCGUAUGCCGGGCGUGUUUGCUGCCUGGGCAUGCAUACACAUUCCCCCAAACAAUACCAACAAUGGGAAGGCUCCAGGAGAUGCGAUUCCUACAGAUUGGUUCGAAGCCAUCGUCAGCAUAGCACCAUCCCGCCACUCCCCCCCUUCCGUCGCCAUGGAGAACAGCAUCACAGUCCACAUCAUCCAUGACUUCCAAGGCGCAAAUUUAGUCGGCGCCAAAGUCAAAGUCCUCCUCAUGGGCUACCUCCACGCUGCUGCCCAUCACAACACACCGCUAGAACUCCUCGUCGACCAACAUUUCAAGGAUGUCGAUAAAACGCUGGCCAGUCUAAGCCGCAUAGCUUGGGGACCUCACGAUACGAUGUCGAUGCUGAAGACUGUCAAGUCUAACCGAACCUUUGCGGAGAAAAUGGACGAUACGACGGGGAAGGUGGUGAGGCAAGUGGAUAAGAUUCCUUUGCAUCGGGUGGGGAUGAGAUCGGAUGUGGGCUUGAUGCAGGAUAAGGCUUAUGGGAACGGCGGAUUAUGGAUUGUGAGGUGAUUGGAAAUUGGAAAGAUUAGGAAAUAUCGAUCAAGGCAAAGGAAGGGUUUUUGCUGAUGCAUUAUACAGCGUUCGUUGCUGUAUUUCUACUUGAGCAUACAUGUUUUGCAUAUUAUAGCGGAAAUUGGGGAAGGGAAAGGGAAAGCUGAAGUCAAGCUAGCAUUGUAUUUGAUUGAUUCUUCAUACUUAAUGUCUAAUACGAAGUAUACACCAAGG